UUUUGAACUUUUUGUUUUUUAAAUAAUAUUUCUAAAAUUUGGUUGUUUUCUUGUGGCUUGAGUUGCCAUGGUAAACAAGAUAUAUUUGUUGUUAAACAAGAUGUCUUUUUGAAUUUAAUUAUAUGCACUCUGUUGUUUCUGGCUUGGGUUUUGUGUGCAGAUUUUAAUGAUUUAUAUGUUAUAGUUAUACAACUUUGGUUGGCGUCCAUUAUUAUCAACUAUUAAAUUGGAGGGAAUUUCCCUAACCUCACAAAUGUUCACUGGUGCUGACUGCUGACUUCUGGAAGUCUUGACAUGUUGUGGUUAUAGCAUUGUAUGUUUGCUGUAAUUUGGAAUUCACAAUGCCAAGGAACUACAAAAGAGAUCCUCGUUCAAGAGUCCAUCGUCCUGUUGAUCAAGAAAAUGUCCAACGAGCAGUUCAGGAAGUUAACCGUGGUAUGUCCUUAAGGAAGGCACAUAAGCAUUUUGGAGUUUCCAAGUCAGCCUUACAUCGCUAUGUGAAAAAAAUUCAAGAAUGACACAGGUGAGCAUCUUCGUUUUAAGAAUAAAGGUGGUCAGAAUUCUCUAUCAGAUGAACUUGAAAAGAAACUUGUUGAUUGUCUUUUGAAGUGUGCUGAAUGGGGUUAUCCAUUGAGUGCCUUUGAUUUACGUUGUUUUGUGAAGUAUCAUUUGGACAGAGAGGGAAAGCACAUGGUUAAAUUUAAAAACAACAUGCCUGGCUAUGGUUGGGCUCUCAACUUUCUGACUAGGCACAAGACCGCACUCUCACAACGCAUGUGUCAGAAUAUUAAACCAACCCGAGCAAGUGUAACUCCUGUGAUCAUCAACAAAUUCUUUGAUGAAUUGGAAGCAACUGUGGAAGGUAUACCACCACACUUGCUGAUAAACUAUGAUGAAACUGCACUCUCUGAUGAUCCAGGCAGCCAGAAACUGAUUUAUCAGAGAGGUUGCAAGUAUCCAGAGCGAGUUAUGAAUCAAAGCAAGUCAAGUGUGUCUGUUAUGAUGGCAGCAACUGCUUCAGGUACGAUUUUGCCCCCUUACGUAAUCUACAAGUCGACAUACCUAUAUGAUUUAUGGACUUUGGGUGGACCACCAGGCACUUUCUUCAACCGCAGCAAAUCUGGAUGGAUGGAUGGAUGGAUGGAUGGAUGGAUGGAUGGAUGGAUGAGAAUUGCUUUCUGGACUGGUUCCAGAGAGUUGCAGUGCCAUACAAGAUACUGUCGUCGAUUCGAGGGAAGAAAGCUCCUGAUAGGUGACAACCUUAGUUCUCAUUUAUCUCCAGAAGUUGUUAGGCUGUGUGAACGACAUGACAUAUUGUUUGUGUUUCUACCUCCAAACUCCACCCAUAUUACCCAACCCUUAGAUGUGGCUCUUUUCAGACCCCUUAAAGUGAUUUGGAGGAAAGUACUUGAAGAGAGCAAAACUAUCGUAACAUGCAGCAACAGGCCCUUCGACAAGAAAUAUUUUCCUUCUCUUCUGAAGAAUACUUUACAUUUGAUGGGGAAGGGCUUGGAACACGAUAUUCAGGCUGGAUUUUGUAAAGCAGGAAUUUUUCCUCUAGAUAGAAACAGAGUACUAAAUAGGCUUCCCCAUGAAUGUCCAGCUAUUGUUACCAUACAAGAUGGUGAAGAGAAUGUUGCCCCAGUCACAGCAAGUCUUGAAAGAAAUGCGGUACCAUGCAAGCGAUGAAGUCAAACCAACAGGGCGAAAGAAGAGGCUUGAAUGUACCAGCUGGGCUCAGUGUUACUUUAGCAGACUUCGAAGAACCUGAUGAUCCAGAAUCUUCAACUGAAGAUGAGAGCCAAGAACUGCCUUCAGAUGAAGCGAUGUCUUGUGUUGAUCUGCGGAGUGGUUGAGACCGACGGCUGUGCGCCGCAGGAUGAGUGGGGACGCUCGCAGGCGAGGGCCGUGCACCCCGGUGGAGAGGCCGGCUCCCCGCCUGCCGUUCCUCCCGCAAGUGGAGGAGGGGGACUCGGGGUCGCAGCUGUUCGCGCAGGUGGUUGACGCAGCGCGCUACCCCCCUCUGCUGCAGGAGCGGUCCUGGACCAGGGCCGCCCCGCACACGGGCCUGCUGGAGUACUGCAAGCCGAGCGAGUCCAUCGGCAGCAACUACACCCCCUCGGCCCGGCUGCUGCGCCUGCGCUCCCUGGCCGCCAGGCCGAGGGGCCGCCGGCUGUCCUUGAAGGACGAGCACGGCAACUUGCAGCCACCGCCCGCGCACCUCCUGAAGCGACCCAGGGCCGCCACCAGCCCCGCGCCCAAGGAGCCCGCCUUCGUCAACCUCCGGGACUACCUCAGCGGCAAGCACGACGAACAGAGGGCCCGGCAGCGCGAGCGCAAGCAGCGACUGCUCGAGACGAGAGAGGCCAGGAAGCAGGAGGAGAUCCAGGCUGCCAAGGACCAGGAGAUGCUGGAGCUGGCCAAGCGGCAGGCAGACCUGCCAGUGCAUCCGGACGAGCAGUUGGCGCUCCUGCACCAGCAGCUGGCAGACGAGCAGCUUCGACCAGUUAGGCCCGAGGACAUGGAGCGCAUCAAUUACUAUUUGGAGGCGGGUAUUGAAGAAAAAAUGCUGGAACCAUUUUGUGCCGACCAAAUGGAGAGAAUCAAAAAACGCCUUGCUGGGAAAUACCUGAUAAAAAUAAGGCUGCGCCCGCUGAUCUCCAGCCUGGAAGGGGAGGUGGUGGCGUGCUACAAGGACAGCCUGCGCUGGGCCAUCCUCCAGUACAUCCUGCUGGACCCCAGGGAGCAGGAGCGACUGGAGAUACACUCCUGGCCCACCUCCCACCCUGCGUCGGUCAUACGGGCCCCCGUGCCGUGGAAGCAGAGCGCCGUCUCCUCCGGACACCGCCUGCAGCACAACUUGUCCAUCGGCUGGGAGCUGCCGCUCGCCGUCCGGCGCCUCUGGGACCAACGGUACUCACAGUUGGUGAUUGCUUCAGUUGAAAAGUUGAAAUCGAUGCAUGAGCUUCCCAUCGACUGCAGCUUGCUGGAAGCUGCAGUGGACCAGAUGUGUUUAGACUCCAGGACUCUUCUUGAAAAAGAGUGGCUGCCGGCGUGCGCGGACUUGUUCCUGGACCUGCGCGCCAGCUGGCAGCACCUGGUGCCCCGCGAGCCGGGCGCGUCCCUGCGGCAGGUGGAGAGGUUCUUCAGGAGCGUCGCCUCCCUCGCGUCCCUCCAGCUGCGCGGCACGGUCAUGCUGUCCCUGGGACACCUGCGGGCCUUCCUGGCUGAGUUCAAGAACGGCAAUGAUUUUGGUACGGUGUACAGUGACUUCCUGUUCGUGCAUCGGCCCACAGUGACUGUUUACAUCAAGCCUGACUUGGAAGCUUCGGGGCUGGCUUUCCGCCCCCCGCUUGAUGAGCUCAGGAGCAUGGUUCAGCGCUUGUUCUCCAAGAUCGUCACAGUCAACGAGAAGUUUCCACGCGUGGAGAGGAUCAUGUUCCCAGAAAUGAAGGAUGCGCCCAUGUUUCUGCUGCCUGUGGUCGAGUCGGAGGUCGAUGUGGUGGCCAUCGUGGAUGAAGCGCUGGGGCACUUCGAUGCGAACGUUGCUGGGCCGACCAACUACCUCCGGAACUACGACAAGUACCUCUACAUUCUGAGGGGAGAUGCCAAGCUGACGUUGCAGCAGUUCAUGGAGCAGGAACCCUUUCCUUCUCUCAAGGAGUUUACAGAGAAGAUCAGAGAGUAUGAGAGACUGAAAGAUGAGAUAGCCUUUCUGAGAAGAAUCAUUCCGCUGAAUUUCAUCAGUUUGGACUGCAAUGAAGUGAAUGACAAGCUCAUGCACAUGGUGGAUGAUUUACGCACGAACAUUGUGGAUUUCCAUACUCAGAAGAGCAGGAUUCACAACAGAGGGAUCUGCGACGUGUUCGAGGCGAUGUCAGACCGCGCCAGCGAGGCCACCGACACGACCGCCCAGCUGGUGGAGCUCACCAGCUACCUGCGGCAGUGCAAAGACAUCACCUUGCCCGACCUGCGUGCCAGGAUACGCAUCACCGCGCAGAACCUGCUGUUCCUCAUGGACCACGCCCACCUCACACCCGAGGACAUCCAGCUGAACAGCAGAGUGUUCCUGUGGCCCCAGGACAUGGAGGAGGUCCUGCAACUGGCCCACUCGCGCCUGUCCUUGCGCAGGGACACGGCCGAGGCCAACCUGCGCGUGCGGCGCGCAGAGUUCGAGGCCAGACUCCUCGUUCAUCUGAAGGAGCUAGAGGCGUUCAAGAAAAAAGACCCACCUAUCCUCACAAUGGAUGAGAUGGUGGAGAAUGUUAGACUUGUCAUUCAGCUGGCUGGCAUGUUGCAAGAGGACAAGCAAGAAGCGAGUUACAUCAAUGAGGAAGAACAGCUACUCGACCUUGGUGUGACCUCGUUCACGGUACUGCAGUCCAUGUUCACUGCCCUGGAUCCCCUGGAGAGGCUGUGGCACACGGUGCUGGACUUCCAUCGCUCCUACAAUACCUGGUUCUAUGGGCCGUUUGCGGCGGUGGAGGCGGACGCGGUGGCCGACGAGGUGGAGGAGAUGUUCCGCGUGCUCUACAAGCUGGGCCGGCCCCUCUACGACGUCCCCGGGGCCAAGCGCGUCUGCGAGAUGGUGCGCGCCAAGGUGGAGAAGUCCCGCCUGCUCAUCCCCGUGCUCAAGGUCGUCUGCAACAAGGGGCUGCAGCCGCGCCACUGGGAGCAGAUCAGCGAGGUGGUGGGGCUGGACCUGAAGCCCACUCCGGAGAUGUCCCUCUCCGACAUGAUAGAGUUCGGCCUGCAGAAGCACGUGGAGAAGCUUGAGGAGAUCAGCAACGCGGCCACCAAGGAGUUCAGCCUGGAGAGGAGUCUGACGCAGAUGAAGCAUGAGUGGGACGACAUGGAGUUUGAGUGCAAGCUCUACAGGGACACGGGCGUCCACAUCCUCACGUCGGUGGACAACAUCCAGCAGAAGCUUGACGACGACCUGCUGCGCGCCCAGACCAUCAGGAGCUCCCCGUUCGUGCGCGCCUUCGAGAAGGAGAUGCAGGCGUGGGAGGCCAAGCUCAUCUCCAUGCAGGACAUCCUGGACGCCUGGCUGAAGUGCCAGAUGACUUGGCUGUACCUCGAGCCCAUCUUCAGUUCGGAGGACAUCAUGCGGCAAAUGCCGGACGAGGCGAAGCACUUUCGAACGGUGGACAAGACGUGGCGAGAAAUCAUGGCCAACACGGUGCGAGAUUUGCACGUGCUGAUUGCCACAGACUACAAGGACAUGCUCAAGCUUCUGAAGCAGAACAACUCUCUCCUUGAAGUGAUACAGAAAGGCCUCAACAACUACCUCGAGAAGAAGAGGUUGUUUUUUCCCAGAUUUUUUUUCUUGUCCAAUGAUGAGUUGCUGGAGAUCCUUUCGGAAACUAAAGAUCCUCACAGAGUGCAGCCUCACUUGAAGAAGUGUUUUGAAGGAAUCCAUCGAUUGGAGUUCACAGAAGAAGAUGAAAUUGUGGCAAUGGUUUCAUCGGAAAAUGAAAUUGUGGAAUUCAGCGGUGUCAUAAUUCCUGCUGAUGCAAAGGGCAUGGUGGAGAAGUGGCUCCAGCAGGUGGAGGAGAACAUGAUGCUGUCGGUGAAGGACCACUGCCUGGAGGCAGUAGCAGCAUACCUCACCACCGCCAGGGUCCAGUGGCUGCUGGACUGGCCGGGACAGGUCGUCAUCUGCGCCACGUCCAUACACUGGACCACCGAGGUGUCGGAGGCCAUCGACAACCACACCUUGAAGGAAUACGCUGUGGAGACGAGCGGUCAUAUAGAGGAGAUGGUACUCAUGGUGCGCGGAGAACUGACUUCUGGUGCUCGCAUCACUGUAGUAGCCCUUAUAGUCAUCACAGUUCAUGCAAGAGACGUGGUGGACAACCUGGCAGAGCUGAACGUGUCUACGACUCUGGACUUCAACUGGAUCUGUCAGCUGCGCUACUACUGGUUGGAGAACUCGGUGACUGUGUCGAUGAUCACGACGCAGGUGCAGUAUGGUUUUGAGUACCUGGGCAACACACCCCGACUAGUUAUCACGCCGCUUACCGACCGCUGUUACAGGACGCUGAUGGGAGCCCUGAAGCUGAACCUGGGCGGAGCGCCCGAGGGCCCGGCGGGCACCGGCAAGACCGAGACCACCAAGGACCUGGCCAAGGCAGUGGCCAAGCAGUGCAUCGUCUUCAACUGCUCCGACGGGCUCGACUACAAGGCCAUGGGCAAGUUCUUCAAGGGUCUGGCGCAGGCUGGAGCAUGGGCCUGCUUCGACGAGUUCAACCGUAUAGAGCUGGAGGUGCUGUCAGUCGUCGCCCAGCAGAUUCUCAGCAUUCAGAUGGCGAUCGGCCAGAAGUUGGACCGCUUUGUGUUUGAGGGCACCGAGAUAUCUCUCGACCCCACCUGCUCCAUAUUCAUCACCAUGAAUCCAGGGUAUGCAGGACGGCAGGAGCUGCCAGACAACCUGAAGGUUCUCUUCCGCACCGUCGCCAUGAUGGUACCCGACUACGGCAUGAUUGGGGAGAUUUCGCUUUACUCUAUGGGCUUUGUUGAAGCUAGAAGUCUGGCGGAGAAGAUAGUGUACACGUACAAGUUGUGCUCGGAGCUGCUCUCGUCCCAGCACCACUACGACUACGGCAUGCGGGCCGUGAAGACGGUGCUGCUCGCCGCGGGCAACCUCAAGCUGAAGUACCUGGACCAGCCCGAGCCCAGCCUCGUCUUCCGAGCCAUCAUCGACGUCAACCUGCCCAAGUUCCUCGCCAAGGAUGUGCCGCUGUUCGAGGGCAUCUACCAGGACCUGUUCCCGGGCAUAGAGCUGCCCCAGCCGGACCGCGACGAGCUGGUGGCCGCGCUGAGGAGGAACCUCGCCCUGAGGAACCUGCAGGCCACCGACUGGUACCUGGAGAAGCUGGUGCAGCUGUACGAGAUGGUGCUGGUGCGGCACGGCCUCAUGGUGGUGGGCGAGCCCAUGGGCGGCAAGACCAACGCCUACCAGGUUUUAGCAGUAUCACUCACCGAUAUUGCGAAGAAUGCAAAGUUGAAGAUGAAGGAGAAUCGUGUGCACUACAGCAUCAUCAAUCCAAAGGCAAUCACAAUGGGCCAGCUGUAUGGUUUCUUUGAUCCCGUCUCUCAUGAGUGGUCAGACGGAGUGCUGGCCAAGACGUUCCGGGACUACGCCUCGUCUGUGCUGCCCGACCGGCGGUGGAUCGUGUUUGAUGGGCCCGUGGAUGCAGUCUGGAUAGAGAACCUCAACACCGUGCUUGACGACAACAAGAAGCUGUGCCUCAUGUCUGGCGAGAUCAUCAAGAUGUCGGCGCAGAUGAACCUGAUGUUCGAGCCGUGCGACCUGGACCAGGCGUCCCCCGCGACGGUGUCGCGCUGCGGGAUGAUCUACAUGGAGCCGGCCAUGCUGGGCUGGGCGCCCAUGUUCCAGUCGUACCGCGUCGAGCUGGAGAAGCAGCUGCUGCCGGAGCAGACGGAGCUGGUGGCAGCACUGCUGGACUGGCUGGUGCCCCCAGUGCUGUCCUUCGUGCUGCGUCCGCCGGCCGUCACCUUCAUUCGCUGCGCCGAGGCUCACAUGUUCCAGUCGUUCUGCCGACUGCUGACGUGUCUGCUCAGCUCGGAGACGCAGGUCAGCACUGUGUGGCUUCAGUGUGUGCUACUGUUCUGCUUGGUGUGGGGCAUGGCUGCCGCCCUCACAGGAGACAGUCGCAAGCAGUUUGACGUGUUUUUCCGGGGGGUGCUGUACGGAACCAACGAGACCUACCCAAAGCCCAAAGUGUUCAAGCUGGCUCGCAACCAGCUGUUCCCGGAGAGAGAGACUGUGUUUGACUUUGUGUACGACAAGAGGAACAACGGCACCUGGAUCCCUUGGCUGGAUACCGUCGACAAGACCCAGGCUCAGCUGCCAGUGAAUGCCAAGUUCCGGGAGCUGAUGGUCGUGACGACAGAGUCUUCGUGCCAGGCCUUCUUCCUGCGACUGCUGCUGUCCCACAAGAUCCCUCUCAUGUUUGUCGGCCCCACCGGCACGGGCAAGUCCGCCAUCGUGCUCGACCACGUCAUGAACCUGCCUCGCGACAAGUUCCUGCCCAACAUCAUCAACUUCUCCGCUCGCACCACCGCCAACAUCACCCAGGAGAUCAUCAUGUCCAAUCUGGACCGGCGCAGGAAAGGGCUGUAUGGGCCGUCGAUGGGCAAGAAGUGCUUGCUGUUUGUGGACAACCUGAGCAUGCCCCAGAAGGAAGUGUACGGGGCACAGCCCCCCGUCGAGCUGCUGCGGCAGUGGGUGGACCACGGCAACUGGUACGACCUCAAGGAUGGCUCUCGCGUGGAGCUGGCCGACAUUCUGUUGCUGGCGGCCAUGCUUCCCCCGGGAGGUGGCUCCAACGAGGUGACCGGGCGUUUCCUGCGCCACAUGUUCACAAUUGGCAUUGACUCGUUCGAUGAUGGCACGCUCACACGCAUAUUCAACUCAAUAAUGGACUGGCACUUGAGCAAGGGUUUCGAACCAAGCAUCGCAAGACUAGGCAAGGUGCUGGUGUCGGCCACUCUGCAGGUGUUCCGCGCCUGCCUGCUGCAGUUCCUGCCGACCCCUGCCAAGUGCCACUACCUGUUCAACCUGCGCCACUUCUCGCAGGUGGUGGGGGGGCUGCUCCUGCUCCCAGCCUCCCACUGCAAGGACUCCGACAAGCUGCUGCGUCUCUGGGUGCACGAGAUCUACCGCGUCUUCUACGACCGGUUGGUCGACAACCAUGACCGGCAGUUGCUGUUCGACAUAGUGCAGAAAGCCUGCUACGCUCACUUCCGCCAGCGCCUGGACAAGUUGCUGGGCCACCUGGUGCCGGAGGGCGAGCCAGAGUUGAAGAACGCACACAUCGCCAACCUGUUCUUCGGCAACUACAUGGAGCCAGAUGCCGACCCCAAGAUAUACAACGAGGUGACGGACGUGGAGCUGCUGGAGGACAAGAUGCGCUACUACCUGGAGGAGUACAACCUGCUGACGCGCACGCCCAUGAACCUGGUGAUGUUCCGGUACGCCGUGGACCACGUGUCGCGCGUCAGCCGCGUGCUGCAGCAGGAGCAGGGCCACGUGAUGCUGGUGGGCGUGGGCGGCAGCGGGCGCCAGAGCGUCACCAAGCUGGCCGCCAGCAUCUCCGAGUGCUCGGUCUACCAGAUAGAGAUAAGCCGCGUGUACGGUCAGGCAGAAUGGCGGGAAGACCUGUGCAAGCUGCUGAAGAAGGCUGGCACGGAAGGCAAGAAGACUGUGUUCUUGUUCGCCGACACCCAGAUCAAAGAUGAGAUGUUCGUGGAGGAUAUCAGCAUGAUUCUUAAUACCGGCAACGUGCCCAACCUCUUCCCGUCCGAAGAAAAGGCUGAAAUUCUCGAGAAGAUGCAAACGAUGGCCUCACAAAUGGGUAAAACUGUGGACCCCACACCCCUGGCACUCUACAACUUCUUUGUGGAGCAAGUGCGUGCCAACCUGUGCAUGGCCCUGGCGAUGUCGCCCAUCGGAGACGCCCUGCGCACACGGCUGCGCAUGUUCCCUGCGCUUGUAGACAGCUGCACCAUAGACUGGUUCACUGCGUGGCCGGAAGACGCCCUGGAGCAGGUCGCAGAGGUUUUCUUGAAGCAGAUGGAUCUGGACCAGUCUCUGUCGUACAAGUGUGUGGAUCUCUGCAAGCUCUUCCACGUCAGUGUGCAGAAAAUGUCUGUGAGAUUUUACCAGGAGCAUAAGCGUUACAACUACGUCACACCCACGUCUUACCUGGAGCUCCUGCAGACGUUCCAGUCGCUGUACCAGAGGAAAGUGAAUGACAUUGUGACCUUGAGAAGCAGGUACACGACGGGACUGGAGAAGCUCGACUUCGCUGCCGGCCAGAUUUUUGAACUGCAAGAUAAAUUGAAGAAAAUGCAACCAGGUCUGGAAUUAGCUUCAGCAAAGACAGAGAAACUGCUGAUCACUAUUGAGCAAGAGACCAUUAUUGUGGAGAGGCAGAAGGAGAUCGUGGGGGCGGAGACUGCGUCUGCCAACGAGGCAGCGGCUUCAGCGCAGGCCAUGCGGGACAAGUGCGACCAGGAGCUGGGGAAGGCAGUGCCCGCGCUGAUCGAGGCCACCCGUGCUCUGGACACCCUGAAGCCACAGGACAUCACCAUCGUCAAGUCCAUGAAGAACCCGCCCGCUGGGGUCCGGCUGGUGCUGGAAGCUGUGUGCGUGAUGCUGGCCAUCAAGCCGGACCGAAGGCCCGACCCGGGCGGCCGGGGCUACGUGGAUGACUAUUGGGGCCCCUCGCUGCGCAUGUUGGCGGACCUCAAGUUUCUGGAGAACCUGCGCACGCUCAACAAGGACAACAUCGCGCCACAGAUCAUGAAGAAGAUACGCGAGCGGUACAUCCCGGACCCGGAGUUCAAGCCGGAGAGAGUGCGGGGAGCCUCGACGGCCUGCGAGGGGCUGUGCCGCUGGUUGAUCGCCAUCGAGGUGUACGACCGGGUGAUCAAGAUGGUGGCGCCGAUAAAGGAGCGCCUGGCCGUCGCCGAGGCGGAGUACGCCAAGCUGGUCGCUAAGCUCGAGGAGAAGGAGGCCAGCCUGCGCGAGGUUCAGGACAGGUUACAAGCUCUCAGCGACCAGCUGGCGGUGGAGACCAAGAAUAAGAAGGAGCUGGAAGAUGAAAUAGAAUCCACCAUCCAGCAGCUGAGCAGAGCAGAGCGACUCAUUGGGGGCCUGGCCGUGGAGGACAAGCGCUGGAAGCAGACGGCUGACUCCCUCACCCUGCUGCUGGACAACAUCGUGGGCGACGUGCUGCUGUCGGCCGGCGUCGUCGCCUACCAGGGAGCCUUCAUCGCCGGCUACCGCCAGGAGCUGACAGAAAUGUGGAACGAACAGUGCCUGAGGCUGGCCAUCCCUUGCUCGAAGCAGUUCUCGCUGAUCACCACUCUGGGAGAACCUGUCGAGAUACGAGCGUGGAACAUAGCCGGGCUGCCGGUCGACAACUUCUCCAUCGUCAACGGCAUCAUCGUCGGCAGAGCUCGUCGCUGGCCUCUCAUGAUAGACCCCCAAGGGCAAGCCAACAAGUGGGUGAAGAACAUGGAGCGGGACCACAAGCUGCGCGUGGUGAAGCAGAGCGACAGCAACUUCCUGAAGGUGCUGCAGUCGGCCAUCGAGCUGGGCCUGCCCGUGCUGCUGGAGAACCUGGGCGAGGAGGUGGACCCCGUGCUCGAUCCUAUUCUCACGAAACAGGUGUUCAAACACGAAGGUGUGGACAGCAUUCAUAUUGGUGAGAACUAUGUUGAGUAUUCUCCAGACUUCCGGUUCUACAUGACCACUCGACUUCGCAACCCCCACUACUUGCCAGAGCUGAUUGUCAAGGUGACGCUGCUCAACUUCAUGAUCACGCUGACGGGGCUGGAGGACCAGCUGCUGGGCAUCGUGGUGGCCAAGGAGCGGCCGGAGCUGGAGCACGAGAAGAACCGGCUGAUAGUGGAGGGCGCGGACAACAAGCGCCAGCUCAAGGAGCUGGAGGACAAGAUCCUGGAGGUGCUGUCCACCUCGGAGGGCAACAUCCUGGAGGACGAGAAGGCCGUCUUCAUCCUGCAGUCCUCCAAGAACAUGUCGGAGAAUGUGAUGAAGAAGCAGACGGAAGCAGCAAAGACGGAGAAAGAGAUAGACGGGGCACGGGCUCUGUACCACGGAGUCAGCAAACACUCGUCGGUGCUGUUCUUCUGCAUCUCGGAGCUGGCCAACAUCGACCCCAUGUACCAGUACUCGCUCGCCUGGUUCAUCCAGCUGUACAGCCAGUCAAUAGACCACAGUGAAAAAUCUGAUGACCUGCAAAUCAGACUGGCCAACCUCAACAAACAUUUCACCGAGAGCAUCUACCGCAAUGUGUGUCGCUCGCUCUUCGAGAAGGACAAGAUGAUAUUCUCACUAGUACUGUGUGUUGGGAUCAUGCGUUCGAAGGGAAAGAUUGACGAAGAAGUAUGGACAUUCCUGCUAACAGGAGGUUUUGGGUUAGACAAUCCAUAUCCGAACCCUGAUCCUUCCUGGCUGAUUGACAAAUCCUGGGGAGAAAUUGUUUCAGCUUCAAAACUCAGUGCGCUUAAAAACUUCCAUAAGGAAUUUGUGAAGAACAUCGCAGCAUGGAAGAAAUACUAUGAUUCUUCGAACCCACACGACAGGAAUCCCCCGGCCCCAUUCGACCAGUUGGAUGGUCUGGUGAAGCUGGCGGUCUUGCGCUGCAUUCGCCCCGACAAAGUUGUUCCUGCCGUCCAGAUCUUCAUUGUGGCCAACAUGGGGCAGCUGUACGUGCAGCCGCCGACCUUCGACCUGUUGAGCUGCUACAGCGACUCCACCUGCCACACUCCGCUCAUCUUCAUCCUGUCCCCGGGCUCCGACCCCAUGGCCAGCCUGCUCAAGUUCGCUGCCGACCAGGGCUACCAGCAGGCCCAACUCAAGACCAUCUCCUUGGGGCAAGGACAGGGUCCCCGCGCGGCAGAGAUGGUCUCCGAGGCGGUGAUGCUGGGGCAGUGGGUGGUGCUGCAGAACUGCCACCUGGCCGUCAGCUGGAUGCCCAUGCUGGACCACAUCUGCGAGGAGGUGGUGGGGUCGGCCCGCACGCACCAGAGCUUCCGCCUCUGGCUCACCAGCUACCCCUCCCCGCACUUCCCCGUCUCCAUCCUGCAGAAUGGGGUGAAGAUGACGAACGAGGCUCCCAAAGGACUGAGGAACAACCUGCUGCGCUCGUACCUGAUGGACCCCAUCUCGGACCCGACCUUCUACGAGGACUGCGUGAGGACGCGCGAGUGGCGCACCCUGCUGUUCAGCCUGGUGUUCUUCCACGCCCUGGUCCAGGAGCGCCGCUACUUCGGGCCGCUGGGCUGGAACAUCCCCUACGAGUUCAAUGACUCCGACCUCAAGAUCAGCGCCACCCAGCUGCAGAUGUUCCUGAAUGAGUACGAGGAAGUACCGCUGGACGCUCUGUUGUACCUGACCGGGGAGUGCAACUACGGGGGCCGUGUGACCGACGACAAGGACCGCCGCCUGCUGCUGUCGCUGCUCUCCACCUUCUACAACCAGGACGUGCUGCGUCAGCCACGCUAUGCUUUCUCCUCAAGUGGCAAGUACCGUGUGCAAGAGGCAAAUGACUUUGCGAGCAUCUUGGAGUACAUCAGCGGCUUGCCCCUCCGAGUGCACCCGGAAGUGUUUGGCCUUCACGAGAAUGCUGACAUCACUAAAGACAACCAUGAAACACAACAACUGCUGUUGGGGGCGCUGCUCACCCAGCCGCAGAUCCUGGGUGGGGCGGGGGCCGGGGACGGGGAGACCAAGGCCUCGGACCUGGCCGACGACAUCCUCGCCCGACUGCCGCCCCAGUUCGACGUGGAGAGCGUGGCGAGGCGCUACCCCGUGAUGUACGACAACUCCAUGAACACCAUCCUGAGACAGGAGCUGUUCAGGUUCAACCCGCUGGUGGAGGUGAUCGGCAACACGCUCCGCGAGGUGCAGCGGGCUGUCGCGGGGCUCACGGUGAUGUCGCCCGAGGUGGAGGACGUGCACGCCUCCUUGCUGGUGGGGCGGGUGCCCCGGGCCUGGGCCGCCCACUCCUACCCCUCCCUCAAGCCGCUGGGCAGUUACGUGGCCGACCUGGUCGCCAGGCUCAAGUUUUUCCAAGACUGGAUUGAUCAAGGUGCACCAACCGUGUUCUGGAUCUCGGGCUUCUUCUUCACCCAGUCUUUUCUUACGGGCGUGCUGCAGAAUUUUGCCCGCAAACACGUCAUCCCCAUUGACCAGCUGGGCUUCCAGUUCGAGAUCACGGACUACGACUCAGACAGCACGGCCAGUCCUGAGUUCGGGGCUUUCUGCAAGGGACUGUUCCUAGAAGGAGCCAGAUGGGACAGACGCCUCAAAGUACUAAAUGAAUCACUUCCCAAAAUACUGUUUGAGCCUGUCCCAAUAAUUUGGUUGAAACCAGGAAUCAAGGAGGAAUUUAAGCCACAGUCUGUGUACAACUGCCCGGUGUACAAAACAAGCGAGCGUCGAGGUGUGCUGUCGACGACAGGCCACUCAACAAACUUCGUCAUGUUCGUGGAGUUCCCGAGCAGCCAGCCACAGAAGCACUGGAUCAACCGCGGCGUGGCCUGCCUGUGUCAGCUCGACAACUGAACUCUCUCCAUGGUUCCUGGUGCACUUUCUAACUGCGUUAAAAUUUUGUAGUUGUAUUUAUUUAAUGGUACGAAACCACAUCCUUCAUAAUUGUGCAUUAAAACAUUUGAGUUGUCCUGUAAUCAAAGAGGAAAAUUUGUAUAUAUUAUGUUUGUAUUGCAACUCUAAAAAAUAAUAAUUUUCACAUUUGUAGUUCUGCAGUGAUCCCUAUUUUGUAAAAGUAUAUUCAUAUACAAAAAGUGAAAGAUGAAGAUAUAGAUAAAGCGAAGAAGAA